AUGGCCGUUGUCCGGGGCCUUCUCACGUGGCUAAGUUGCUGCCUCGUGCUGCUUCCGGGCGCCUCUGCACAGGACGCCAAGCGACCCAACAAGGUGGCGCUCCUGCCCGACGCCGACGUUGACGCCAGCGCGCCCAUCCGUCGGGCGCUGUACCUGCAUGGCAUUAGCGAGCUGCAGCUCGACGCGCCGUCGUGGACGGCGGCAGCCGAUACGGCCAUGUACGAUCUGCUCUGGUCGAACGAGGCGCCUCCUUCCAACGCCCUCGGAGAGCUCGCGCCGCGCCACCGAAUCAAUCAUUUGGACGGCGCCGAGGUCUUGUCCACGAAGCUCCACCGCUCGCACGCGGCGCUGCAGCGGCAAUUCGGAGCCUUUGACUUUGGCUUUGUCGCGCCCGCGUUCCGCCUUCCGCAGGACAAGCCAGCGCUUCUCCAAGCAAUCCGUGACGUCCUCAACACACCGCUGGUGGCGGAGAAGGCCAGCGUCGACGCUGCGUACAAUCGUCGCUGGCUCGUGCACGACAGCGGCCGCACGUCGCUCCUCAAAGGUCUGCCGCAGGUGCAACGCGACGACGUCCCUCCGAACGCGGUUGUGACCAAGUACAUUGAGCCGCUGCUCAUCUCGGGCCGCAAGUUUGACCUGCGCUUCUUCGUGCUCAUUGCAUCGCUCGAUCCGUUGCGUGUGUACGUUUACGACAAUGCGCUUCUUCGCUUCUGCACGCAGCCGUACCCGGUAAACCUUGACGCGAGUGCCGACGUCGCCUCGUACAUCGUCGACGACAACGACUACCUUCCGCCGUGGGAGCUGCCCGACUUGAGAGACUACUAUACGGAGCUGCCGUCGUCGGCCACCGAGGGCAGCAACCACUGGCGUGUCUUGAAAGCGUACCUUCGUGAUCACAACAUCGACGUCGAUCGCUUCCACAGAGAGACGCUCAGCGCGAUGACAAAGCUGAUUGCAGGGCGGCGCCAGAUCCUCCUCGACGCGGCGACGACCAGCGGUGGGUUUGAGCUCCUCGGUUUUGUGUUUAGCAUCCAAGACGACGGCCAGCCUUUUCUGGACCGCGUCGAGCGAUCGCCGUCGCUCGUGCCCCGGCAAGUGUUUGCGACCGGCGCCGAGACCGGGUUGCUCAACAACGUAGCCGCCGACGUCAUCCAGCUUGUCGGUGUCCGUGCGCCGAACCAACCCGACCUCGAGGAGGCCACUCUACUAGGCUCGCCGGCGUACUGCAAGAGCAAGUGCCGCGACCAGCUCGCAACGUGGGACAUGACGUGCUGGCGGUGCCCCGGCUGGUUCUCGCCGCCCGUCGCCGCACAGCUUCUCGGUGGCGCGACCGAGUACAGCCGACGCGGCCAAUUCCAGCUACUCUUCCCGAGCGUCCAAAAGACAGAAGCCAAGUUUCUCCAAGGCGGGCUCUCGAUCCAUGACGAAGCCUUCCACGCUUACAUUGCCUCGUUUGCUACCGCGGCGGCGGGCGGCGUUGUUGACCCGGCUGUGCUCUGCGUCAACCGCGAUCAGUGCAGCGGCCACGGUGACUGUAUCAACGGCCGAUGCCGCUGCGAUCUUGGGUUUGAGGGUUUUACGUGCUACAUCCCGCGGGAUCCCAACUUGCCAGCAUGGACAGACGCACCGGGACAUGCCGUCGCCAACUUGCGAGCCGCCGGGUCACCGGCACCGAAUCGCCCGUCGUUUCCGCUCGUGGCGCUGGGUCUUGGCGUGGUCUGCUUUGGUCUCUACCAAGUCGCGCUAAAGUACAUCGUGGUGGCGCAGGCAGAAAAAGACAAUUAGAGCACUUUCAACAAAUAAGUUGAAUUAUUGUGGCCCC